GUGGCGAGUCAUGGAGACCCUCACGGCCGCCGCCCCUGCUGGGAGCUUCUUCCCCUCUUUCCUGCUCUUGGCCUGCGGGACGCUAGUGGCCGCCCUGCUGGGCUGCGCGCACCGCCUGGGGCUCUUCUAUCAGUUGAUGCACAAGGUGGACAAGGCGAGCAUCCAGCAUGGCGGGGAGAAUGUGGCAGCUGUGCUGAGGGCCCACGGCGUGCGGUUCCUCUUCACCCUGGUCGGCGGGCACAUUUCCCCCAUACUGGUGGCUUGUGAGAAGUUGGGCAUCCGCGUGGUGGACACACGCCACGAAGUCACAGCUGUCUUUGCCGCCGAUGCUGUGGCCCGCCUGACCGGGACCGUGGGCGUAGCAGCAGUGACAGCGGGCCCUGGCCUCACCAACACGGUGACUGCAGUGAAGAAUGCCCAGAUAGCUCAGUCUCCAGUCCUGCUUCUGGGUGGGGCCGCCAGCACUCUGCUGCAGAACCGGGGUGCGCUCCAGGCCAUUGAUCAGAUGGCCCUGUUUAGGCCACUGUGCAAGUUUUGUGCUUCUGUGCGGAGGGUGCGGGACAUCGUGCCCACCCUGAGGGCUGCGAUGGUGGCUGCCCAGUCGGGGACACCAGGCCCAGUGUUUGUGGAGCUUCCCGUUGAUGUGCUGUACCCCUACUUCAUUGUCCAGAAGGAGAUGGUGCCAGCCAAGCCGCCCAAGGGCCUCGUGGCUCGAAUGGUCACCUGGUACUUAGAGAAUCACCUGGCCAACCUCUUUGCAGGAGCCUGGGAGCCUCGGCCUGAGGGGCCUCUGCCUCUGGACAUUCCACAGGCAUCCCCCCAGCAGGUUCAGCGCUGUGUGGAAAUCCUGAGCCGAGCCAAAAGGCCCCUUGUUGUGCUGGGGAGCCAGGCUCUGCUGCCCCCGACACCUGCUGACAGACUUCGGACUGCCGUGGAGACCCUUGGCAUCCCCUGCUUCCUGGGAGGGAUGGCACGAGGACUGCUGGGCCGCAACCACCCCCUCCACAUCCGGCAGAACCGCAGCGCUGCUCUGAAGAAAGCAGACGUGGUCCUCCUGGCAGGAAUCGUGUGCGACUUCCGCCUGUCUUACGGCCGUGUCCUCAGCCGCAGCAGCAAGAUCAUCAUCGUCAACCGUAACCGGAAAGAGAUGUUGAUGAACUCAGACAUGUUCUGGAAGCCCCAGGAAGCCGUGCAGGGAGACGUGGGCUCCUUUGUGGUGACGCUGGCGGAGGGCCUGAAGGGCCAGACGUGGGCCUCAGACUGGGCAGAGGAGCUUCGGCAAGCUGACCGGCAGAAGGAGCAGACCUUCCGGGAGAAGGCAUUGACGCCUGUAGGCCAGCACCUGAACCCGGUGCGGGUACUGCAGCUUGUGGAGGAGAUUCUGCCUGACAACACGAUUCUGGUGGUCGAUGGUGGAGACUUCGUGGGCACUGCCGCCCACCUGGUGCAACCCCGUGGCCCCCUGCGCUGGCUCGAUCCUGGGGCCUUUGGGACUCUGGGGGUUGGUGCAGGAUUUGCACUCGGGGCCAAACUGUGCCGGCCAGAUGCCGAGGUGUGGUGCCUGUUUGGAGAUGGAGCCUUUGGCUACAGCCUCAUUGAAUUUGACACCUUUGUGAGACACAAGAUCCCAGUGAUUGCCUUGGUGGGGAAUGAUGCUGGCUGGACCCAGAUCUCUCGGGAGCAGGUGCCCUGUCUGGGCAGCAAUGUGGCCUGUGGCCUGGCUUACACCGAUUAUCACAAGGCAGCCAUGGGACUUGGGGCCCAGGGCUUGCUGCUCUCCCGGGAAAAAGAUCAGGUGGUCGAGGUGCUUCGUGAUGCUCAACAGCAGUGCCGAGAAGGCCACCCGGUUGUGGUCAACAUCCUCAUUGGGAGGACAGACUUCCGAGAUGGCUCCAUUGCUGUGUAGGGCCUCAUGGGUCAGUA